GAAACACAAUGAACACAUAUGUGAAGACAAACACAUUCUACAUUUCAAUCUGGUUUUGGCUCAUUUUAGGUGUUGAAAGCUACAGCAGUUGGUCAAACCAUGUAUUAACUAUUUAUCCUGGAGGAUCUGUCACCAUCCCAUGUUAUUAUGACAAGAAAUACACACAGCAGAAGAAAUCCUGGUUCUCAGUGAUUGAUAAAACAGACACAUACACAAACACAACAGAGCAGAAUCUGACAGUAAUUGAUCAUCCUGAUCAGAGUCUCUUUACUGUGACUAUGAGAAACCUGCAGAACAAACACACUGGACUUUAUUAUUGUGUUGUGGAGACUGGAGUAAACAAAACAAAUGUAACAUACGAGCUUUAUCUCAAGAUUCAGUCUGCUCCUGAUGUGUCUGUGGUGAACAGCAGUGUCUCUGGACAUGAAGGUGGUGAUAUCAGUGUUCAGUGUCUCUACAGUUCUGGAUAUCAGAAUAAAGUCAAACAGUGGUGCAGAUAUAAAGAUCAGAGAUGUUACACAGUGGGGAGGACUGACACAUCCCAGAAUCCAUCAGUGCAGAUCAGUGAUGAUGAUGAGAGAAGAUCCUUCACUGUGCUGAUGACUGGACUGAGACGGACUGAUUCUGGCUGGUACUUCUGCUCUGUAGGAGAGGUGAUGAAUCCUGUUCUCAUCACUGUAACGGAGGCAGAACCAGGGAAAGCGAAAGACACAAGUGAAUCAGGACAUCAGGAGAAUAAUAAUAACACAACUGAAGUCACUGACAAACUACAAAAGUAUUGCAUCUGUAUUUAUUAAAAUAAAAUAAAGAUGAAGCUAAUUCUACAAUUAUUAGGCUGAAAUACAUUCAUUAAAUAAUACAUUAAAAGAGUUAAAUUAAGUUCUGGUAAACGUUUAUUAUAUAUUAUACAGACUGAUUCUGGCUGGUAUUUCUGCUCUGCUGUAGAGACAAUGAAUCCUGUUCACAUCACUGUAACGGAGGCAGAACCAUUUUUUUCAAAACAUCAUAAAUGUUUUGAUACUAAAUAUGAAAUAAAACACAACUAAAUUUACUUUGUAA